AUGAUAUCAACAAAACAUACCAGUGAAGCUGUAGAAAAUGUUGUAAGAGGUAAAAUUGUAAAAAAACCUAAAGUAGUAAUAGACUACAAUACACGAAAAACGGCCAUUGAUCUUUCAGAUCAAAUGAGUUCCUAUUCGAACCCUCUUAGGCGUAGCACAAAGUGGUAUAGAAAGGUAGCUUUAGAUGCGCUUUUAAACAUAGCUGUUGUUAAUUCUAUGGUAUUAUUCAAUACCAUUACUUCAUCAAAAAUGUCAAUCACCGCUUUCCGUACUUCAUUGUCGAACAAUUACUUAAAAAAGAAACUGUUGAUGUUGAAAGCUCUUUGCAAACAAUAA